AUGAUACGCCUCCUCAAGUGCAUCUCAGGCGACGACAGCUUCGAGCUAGCCUCUUUUGACGAUGACCUCGCUCCUCCGUACGCUAUACUCUCGCACACCUGGAUAGAAGGCCAGGAAGUCACAUACAGUGAACUACUGGCGGGUUCAGGCGCGAACAAAGACGGCUACAAAAAAAUUCGCUUUUGCGGCGAGCAAGCCACAGCAGAUAACCUUAAGUACUUCUGGAUCGACACCUGCUGCAUCGACAAGUCCAACAGCGUCGAACUAAGCACAGCAAUCAACUCUAUGUUCCGCUGGUAUCAGCACGCAGACAAGUGUUAUGUAUACCUAUCAGACGUCUUAGUUCCCCAGCAAAUCUGCGAUGCUCAGGCCUCGCACGCAUCGUGGGAAUCAGCGUUCAGGCAGAGCAGAUGGUUUACCCGAGAACUGCUUGCGCCUACCACCAUCAAGUUCUUUUCGGUCGAUGGUAAGCUGUUAGGCAGCAAGGCUUCGCUUGAACAUGAGAUACAUGAUAUUACCGGAAUUCCUAUUAGUGCAUUGCGUGGCCAGAAACUCGUUGAUUUCAGCGUUGCCGAGCGAAUGAAUUGGGUAGCGAAACGUACCACGAAAUGGAAGGAAGAUAAAAUUUACUGCCUUCUAGGAAUUUUUGGCGUUUUCUUGCCCCUCAACUACGGUGAGGGGGAAGAAUAUGCAACUCAGCGGUUGCAGGAUGAGAUACAGAAGCGCCGGUAUAGAAGGACACAGAAACAUCCACAGGAAAUGCCUGUGUCCUCAUCGCUUCCGUUCACCCGAAAUGAGCUCUUUGUGGGCCGAGAGAGUCAGCUUCAGGCGAUCGAAGAAAUCAUCCUCUCACGCGACACACACCAACGCAUGGCAAUCUAUGGACUGGGCGGCUGUGGGAAAUCAGCGCUGGCGCUCGAGUUCGCCUACCGCGCAUUAGCGACGAAUGCCAAACGUGAAAUAUUUUGGGUACCUGCCAUGAGUCAAGAAAGUGUCGGGCUUGCCUUUCGAGAGAUCGCAGUCCGCCUACAGAUACCAGGAAUAAGUGAUGAAAACGCAAACCUCAAAAAGCUCGUGAGGGAAGCGCUAAGCUCAAAGACUUCUAACGAUUGGCUGAUGAUCGUUGACAACGCCGACGACCCACGGAUAUUGCUGGAAUUCGAUACUGAAGACCCCAGAUCAAUCCCACUGAUCGACUACAUCCCACGUGGCAACAAAGGAGCGAUCCUUUUUACAACCCGUAGUAGGGAAGCGGCCGCAGAACUAUCACAGACUUGCGUACUUUCGCUAGACGACAUGGGUGAAGCUGAGGCCCGACAGCUGCUCAUGAACCGAACAAUAAACAAGUCGCUCCUAGAUAAUCGGGCCGCUGUCAAAAACUUGUUGCAGUCACUCACAUUCCUUCCACUUGCCAUUGUACAGGCAGCCGCUUUCAUGAACCAGAACGACAUAUCAGUCUCCAAAUACGUAUCUUUAAUGCAGCAUACUAGCACGGAAGCUGAGCUCUUCAGCGAGCGUUUCGAAGAUCCAAGUCGAUACCAACGCACUGAUAUUACGGUUGCAAAGACUUGGCAAAUCUCCUUCGAGCACAUCCAGAAACAAGACCCACUCGCAGCAGAUUACCUUUCAUUCAUAGCCUGCAUCGACCGCACUGGUAUUCCUCAAACGCUAUUACCGCCAGGGGGGUCCAAAGUGCAACAUACGAAAGCGCUCGGAACGUUGAAGGGAUAUGCAUUUCUUACUGAGCGCCAGCAAACUGUCACGGGAUCUGAUGAAGAGAGGCACACAGUCAGCGAGAAGCUUGGGUGGGCAUAG